GUGACUUUAGUACAUGUUUGUUUUGAACGCACCCUACCGUUAAUCGUCCAUUUUUUGAAUUGUUUAUUUCUUAAAAUAUGACGAAAAAUCAUAAAAUGUCCUCGUUUUCUCCUGUAAAGGUUGAGGUGAAAGAAGAAAACCUCGUAGGUCAUGAUUAUCUAAUUGCCAAAGGCCGUUUAAAAGGAGUGCUACGCCAAUUAACAGAACAGAGCGACUCCGAUUCCGAUUCCGUAGAUGAAGCUGUCCAUUACUCACCCCGAAAGACGGAAUCACGCAAACGAAAAAUCGCAGCACCGGUUCCGGUUCAUCACACUUACGUGAUGAAACUCUUCGAUCGUAGCGUAGAUCUGGCUCGGUUCGAAGAAGAUACGCCAUUGUACCCAAUAUGCCGCGCCUGGAUGGCCAACUUACCGCGAAACCCCCAAGUGAUCGUCAAGAGGCGGCUAUCCUCCCCCGAACCAGACAGUAACACUUGGAGCAAUAACUUUACCGAAAUAAAUCGAUUGCCACGCCCCUCCGAGGGAUUUCGUACACGAAUACCUUCACCGUUACCAGCUCAAUUAGGCCGUAGCAAAGACGACGUCGAUAAGAUUAACUUUAAUUAUGAGGAUAAAUCGCCACUGUCUCGCGAUAUACUUAUUCCCACGCACCUACGAAGAUGGCGAAGCGUAAAAAAGAAGUGGAUAAGUACGGCGCAAAAGAACGAAAGUCGUUAUGAAAAAAGCAUGCAAAUACUCCAAACUAUUUAUAAUAAAGCUCAAGAGACAAUGGAUUAUUAGAAAGUUUUAGUUUUAUUGCCGUGUUGAAUGAAUAAAUGAUUACCUUUCUUUAA